UACAUUGUUUUCGAAACAUUAUUUGGUACAGACAUUUUUCAAAAUCAACUUGAAAUUGUUAUAAAACUUGCUGACGAUGAUAACUUCUUGUUGAGAACAAUACAAAUGUAGUGGGUUUUUUCCAGGUUGUUGGGGUUCGUGAUUGUCGGAGCCAUAGAGUAAAGAGAGUGUUUAAAUGUAGUGGGUUUUUUUCCAGGUUGUUGGGGUUCGUGAUUGUCGGAGCCAUAGAGUAAAGAGAGUGUUUAAAUGUAGUGGGUUUUUUUCCAGGUUGUUGGGGUUUGUGAUUGUCGGAGCCAUAGAGUAAAGAGAGUGUUUAAAUGUAGUGGGUUUUUUCCAGGUUGUUGGGGUUUGUGAUUGUCGGAGCCAUAGAGUAAAGAGAGUGUUUAAAUGUAGUGGGUUUUUUUUCAGGUUGUUGGGGUUCGUGAUUGUCGGAGCCAUAGAGUAAAGAGAGUGUUUAAAUGUAAAGGGUUUUUUUUCCAGGUUGUUGGGGUUCGUGAUUGUCGGAGCCAUAGAGUAAAGAGAGUGUUUAAAUGUAGUGGGUUUUUUUCCAGGUUGUUGGGGUUCGUGAUUGUCGGAGCCAUAGAGUAAAGAGAGUGUUUAAAUGUAGUGGGUUUUUUUCCAGGUUGUUGGGGUUUGUGAUUGUCGGAGCCAUAGAGUAAAGAGAGUGUUUAAAUGUAGUGGGUUUUUUUCCCAGGUUGUUGGGGUUCGUGAUUGUCGGAGCCAUAGAGUAAAGAGAGUGUUUAAAUGUAGUGAGUUUUUUUCCAGGUUGUUGGGGUUCGUGAUUGUCGGAGCCAUAGAGUAAAGAGAGUGUUUAAAUUGAUGGCUGUCGGGAUAUUGCUCUAUAGUUUACUUCAACUCUCUUUCUCACCCGCCGGGACGGCACCUUCGACCACACCCAUGACAACGCCUUCGACGGCACAAAUGAUGACACCUUUGGCCGCACCUAGGGCAGCAUGUAAUGAAAAAAUAGAGCUUUUACAGUGUUCAUUUAAAGAAUCCACAUCUGAUGACGCAUUGGACAUCAAUGAUAAAAGGGCUAUUGUGCGUGUAGCAAAGGAAAUCGCACAAGUUGAAGGUUUAGUUAUGCUCACGUUUAUGAAUACAGCAUUUCAGCCAUUUCUUGCCAAUUGGAUGUGCCAUACGAAAAGCAUGGUCAGGCAAUCUCAGAUUUUAGUUAUAGUAACUGAGCAAAAUAUAAAGAAUGAAAUUCGUACUCUUUAUCCAAAAUUGAAUGUUGUUUGCCUGAGCAACUUUAAACUAAUCAAUGAGAAGCAGAAAUAUUGUUCAGCCGGAUUUAUGCGGAUUGGCAUUUACAGAACCAUAGUUGUGAACUGGAUGAUACAGGAAAAUAUACCCGUAUUUCUGUUUGAACUGGACGCAGUGUGGUUACAAAAUCCUUUACCAUUUCUGAUUGAUACAGAGCCGUACGAUUUAGCCAUUAUACCGACCUAUGAUAAAUCUUUCGAGGCAGCGAUCGGAUUUUACUACAUGAGAGCAAGCAAACGUAUGAAACAAUUUUGGCGGGAAUUGAUUCGUCGACUCAUUGACUUGAAGAACAUGUUUUCUUGUUUGAGAAAUGAAGAUCUCGUUAGAGAGAGAGAUAACGACCAAAUGGUUCUGCAUGAUAUGAUCAAGGAACAUUAUAAAAAUAUUAUGAUAUACUUUUUACCACUAGAUAGAUUUAUUGACGGAAAGUGGUAUUGGAACCCGGAUACACGAACAUUAAGAGACGCUUUCAUACUGAAUUUUAAUUUUAUCAUUGGAGUUGAUAACAAAAUAAUUCGUGCUAAAAAUUUUGAACACUGGUUUGUAUCCGAUGACAAUGUUACUUGUUUGCCUCACCGGUAUACACGCUUUCGUAAUCAGUUGACUGGGUUAAUAUGAAUGAAAAAAGAACCUAAUUGAUUCACUAAUUGAAAUAUAUUUGGUGAGUGUUUGAGUUUCCCGGGCGGCCCCCAGUGAGCCUACUCUUUUUCGUAAACCAGGGAAACGAUUUUUUGCGUGCCAAGGGGGUUGUGAUCUUUGACACAGGGCAUCCUUUAAUGUGCCAUCUGACGAUAUAAAAGUUAAAAAUACAUGAACAAGUAAAACAUAUCAUUUCGUGUACAUGUAUAUGCACAGUUAUAUUAUAAAAGUAUUCAAAUUUUUCUGUAAACAUCGCAUUCUUGUAAAUAUAGUAUAAUAAAAUGAAUGUCAAUAUU